AUGGACUUUAAGGGCCACUUGGCUUCUGCCGUGGUACUGAACGUCGCACUGAAGCUACUGACAUUCACGCUGAGCACUCUUCUGACCCGUCAGCUUGCACCCAACGAAAAUGGGAUUAAUUUUUCAUGUCAACUGUACUUCAACACCGUUCUUUUUCUUGCACGUGACUGCGUUCGAAGUGUGAACGCCCGGCAAAAUCUCCGAGAGAGGGCAGUGGAUGGGCGGGUGGUUUUGCAGGUGAUGAACUGCGCCAGUGCCUCUCUUCCAUUGGGAAUUAUAAUAAUGGUAGGGCUGGAGCUGCUGCCUUUGUGCGGCAUUCACAUGUUUCCUUCCUUAGCCGCACUUUCACGUGUGGGGGACGUCGUCACUGCGUUGGCAGACGUCCAACGCAGCGCGGUGAGCUCCCCGGAGCUAUUGCUGGCUCUGAGCAUCGUCGUUUCACUGAUGAUGGAGCCAUGCAUUGCUCUUGUUUUGGCUCUUGACUACGCACGGAUUAUUGUUACCUCUGAAUUUUGGGCGUUGCUAGCACGCCAGGUGACGUGUUUGUUUUUUGUAAAAAUGUGCGGGGGUUUGGGUGGGGAUUUGUACAAUGCGCGUCUGUGCUUUGCCACUGGCUCCCUGGCGUACGCCAUCGCAACCAGUGUGUAUUUCCUCUGGCUCUGGAAUCGAAACAGUCGCUGUGGGCACAAGGAACGUGAGAAUGCCAAAAACGAUGAUCUUCUCCAGAGGGCUCGAAGAGGCGCAGUCACCGCACGAUGGGGCGCGGCGCAGCAUUGCGAUUUGUUUUCCGUCUCGCUGUUGCCCUGGUUGCGUGCGUCGCUGCCGUGGUGUUUCCUUUCGUGGCACUCCGCGUGUGCUGAGGUGAUGAGGGAGGCGCUGCUGCUGCGCCAAUUUUUUAGCGAGAGUUGUCUGCGUCUUCUGCUCACCGAAGGGGAACACUUCGCUCUCGCGACGUUUGCCUCGGCGUCAGUGAUGGGUCAAUACGAUGUUGUCUCCAACCUUGGUUCCAUUGUCGCCCGCCUCAUUUUCCGUGUGUGGGAAAACGCCUGUUUUGUGAAAUGGAGCCGUGACGCCGCGAGGGGCAAAACGGAGGAGGCCAUCAGCCUGCUUGUCACUAUGCUGCGGAUGGCGUCAUAUUUUGGCGCGGCGGUGGUGCUACUGGCGCCGCCGCUUGCCGAGGGUUUUCUCCUGGGACUGUUUUCCCGCCGUUGGGCGUCCCCGGCGGUGGUACGGGCUCUGCAGUUGUAUUGUUUCCUGCUGCCGCUCAUGGCCUGGUAUGGGCUGCUAGACGCGUUUGUGCGGGCAACGGCGUCGGCAUCGAUGCUGCGGCUAACCCAACGUGUGAUGGUGGCGCACGCCGCGACGUACGCUGUCGCCUGCUACGUGGUGCUUCGCCUGCGCUGGGUGGUCGACGACUCGGUGACGGGGCUUAUUAUGGUGAACAUCGUCAGCAUGGCCCUGCGCUGCGUGUCGGGAUUGUGCUUGUUGCUGGCGGGACCUGUCGAGGUGGCGCCACGGCGAGGUGACGCCACUGCCCCUCCGCCCCGCCUACGGCUGCGUGACUUAGAAAACGUCGUUCCCCGGCGCAUCCUGCUGGUGUGGGUGACUCUUUUUGCGUACACCCGGUGGUCACCGUGGGGGCCUAUUGCCGCAUUGACGGCGGCCCCCCUGUUUGCCUUGGCCUUGGCGAGGUGGGACCCAGAGCUUCGCUGCGGGGCGCUGAACGCACUGCGCCGCCGAGGCCUCUGCACGUAG